AGGAUGCCAAGUCCCGGUUCCAGUCAGCUGUGGCUAGUACCUCAAUGCAGAAUGCUGUCACAAGCACUAUGAAGCGGUCAUCUUUGGAGAAACAGAGAUCGAACUCUGUCACAUUCACUCCCACCCCUUCACGUUCAGGAUUUUCAUUGCAUCCUCUCUCAGGGUCCUUGCCUAGAAGACAGCUAGAAGUUGACAGGUAUCAAGCAUCUGACUUUGCCAAAGAAUAAUUACGUUGCUCUAAACUUAAUUGUUUAAAUUUCUUUUCUCAUAUUUAGAACUUAUUCAAUUUUUUAUGGCUGCAUUUAAAGGGUUUCUGGUGAAAAAAAUAAUUUUCCAUAAGUCUGGGCUCAUUGUAUUCCACAAAAAUUCCUUUUACAUUCAUUUAGAGAAAAAAAAAAAGGUAAGAUCAACCACAAAUGAAACUAAAAUUAAGUGUAGACUUAAUGUUGACCAGUCCAUUUAUUGGCACCCAGCCCAUUUGCUUUUGUUUCAUCUAAAGCAAAAUGUGCUAUACAUUAAUCCUGUAUGGUCUUAAAUAUUUAUUUGGGGUAAAAACAGGUUUACUUCCUCUAUCCACAGCACAUCAGGAAACUCAGAUGACAAGACUGAAUCUGAAAAUAAGGUUUCACAAGAUGAGGAUGCUUUUAGGAAAGGGUGGGUGCUCACUUCUACAUUUGUUAAUACCUAAUGCUUAUGUGGGGCAUUAAUUUUUUUCAAAAUGUAUUUAUCAACCUUUAAAUUCCAGAAUAGACUUUUUGAAUUAACAGGCAGUCAAGUAUUUAUACAAAUCUAUUCCAAUUAAAACAUCAUCUCAAUUGAACAUACUGUUUUCACCGAUACAGUUGUGAAAGAUGCAAUAAUUCUAUAUUCCUAGGAUAUUAUUUUUUUUAUUAGGGUUUGUAAAGGACAGUAGUGGACAGAGUGAUUUUUUGUAUUGGAGGAUGCAAAGGUUUAUGGCGUUAUAUUUUCGAUAAUUUGUGACAAUGGAGGAGGAGGGUAAUAAAUUAGCAAAAUGACAUUUAUGAAGGCUACCUGGUACAGUUAUACAGCUUGUUGUAAUAAUGAUUGUAUUGUUGUGUGUGUUUAGCUUUGAAGAAGGUCUGAAAGCCAAGCUAAGCCAGGAGCUGACAGAACUGAGAGACCACCAGAACUCCAUCAGUCAGAGCCUGGAUCACAUGAUGGACAAGGUUGAUCAGUCACAACAAGAGGAGGAAGAGUUACUCUCUAGGUUAGCUGCCUUGACUAAUUUCUUUAACUGAACCUAAUUCAUUCAUAACCUACUUAUUUUGUAAAUCUGGAAGUAAAGGAGCAUGAUGACCAAUGUUCCCUGCUAUCUCAAAGACAAAUUUAAUCAUCAAGAUUCAGAUAAUUUUUAAGUUUAAUAUCAACUUUAUAUUGUAAUACCUGAAGUUGAUAGAGGGUACAUUUUCACAAGUUUGCUGCCAUCACUACAGUCACCAUUAGCAUCAACCACCCUAGUUUUUUUACUGUGAUUCAGAUAAUUUAUUUUCAUGUUUUGGAACAUCACUAUUUACUUACUUCAUCAAUAUCUAUAGAAUCUAAAUUGAUUCAUUCUAUAGUUUCAUCAUCUCAAAAGCUUGUGAAGCAAUCCUAAACUUCAAAUACCCAUAACUUAUAUAAUAAAGUUUAAAAAAGCAUGGAAUUUUUACAUUGAGAUGAGCUCCAUUCUCACAAUUAUAACUGUAAACCAAUAAUAACCGUUUUGGUGAGAAUAGUAAACUAUUAUUCAUUCAUUAUUCAUCAGGAUUAGCAAACUUAUAUGCACAGGUCAGAAAACUUAACUGACCGACAGACUCACCAUUUAUAAAGGUUGCCAUUAGACCGGUCAACUGUAUUAUUUGGCCGCCAGUGUUGGUUGCCUCUAAUUGUCUCCUCCUAUCUGCAGGCCGACCCGUCUAGACACAAUAAUAAACUACUCUGCCAGACUGAAGGACUUCCUGGUGCAGCACAACUGGAGAACCAACAAAAAGGCCAUUCGGAACCUGGCAGGAUUAUUUUUUGUCUUUCUAGCCAUCCUGGUAGUGUUUCUCUCCCCUCCUCUUAAUGUGAAGCAUGUGACCAAUCCACCGCAGUAAAUACCAUACUCAUCUAAGACUAUUUUAAGUCAGCAUCGCUUUCUUCUGGAAAUAUUUCUUUGCACAAUUGUUUGAAAAUGCUGAUGCUUUUUUUUCUGGUGUUUUGUUACUUGACUACAAAAAUUGUGUUAAGUUUUAUUUGUGUUUAUCUUUUUUUUUUUACACAUUUGUUUUAAAUUGAUUGACUGUUAGUGAUUACGGUUUUGCACAAAUAUUUCAGUGUAGAACAGUUUGCCCAUCUCUACUGAGCCCCAGUUAGUGCCAUGUAAAUGAAGAUGGGAUGGAAAUGAUAUGUCAGUUACAUGUUGAAGAUUGGCUUUUCUAUAAAAAUGUGUUUACAGAGCAAAUCCUACGUGUUAUAAAUAAAAGAUUUUUUAUACAAUUUUAACAAAUUAUUUGUAUAAUAGUUUUCCUCUACUCCAGAGGUCUCAAACUCAAAUCAUCUGGGGGCCGCAGGAGGUAAACUAUGAGUGAGACUGGGCCGCAUCAAGUAUUCCUCAAAAAAGUGAUUACAAAUUCAAUAAUGUACAACUGUUACAAUCUGCUCAACCUUUGUUAAUAACAAAUACAAAUGGGUUCUCAAGAAUUAGGCUUCACUUACUCCGUCCUACUGUUUGUUGCCAGACACCUGGAAGUGCUUCUUCUUACACAGCUGAGCAACAUUUAGCCUGAGUGAGGAAGCAACUGAGACCCUCAGUAUAGCCUGAAGAUGCACAUCAGUAAGUUUGACCCUGAACUUUGACUUGUUAGGUACUCCUGUUGCGGCCUCCCAAAUGUUGCGGCCUCCACUAAUGUUAUGGCCUUCUCCCAUUGUCUAUGGGUUACAACCUCCGAUGGUAACUACUCUGUGUCUAACCUUAUGUCAGACCUGUAUGGUUAAUUCUCGUCUCUCUCUCUGUCAAGCAACUCAAACACUGAAUAGUCCAUUGUAAAUUAUGUAUUUAUUUACAUGUACUGAAACAUCCACUUGUUACAAAAUACAGUUGCAACACGCCUCAGGCAACAAGCCAUGCAGUGAAUCUAACCAAAAUUACUAAAUCUCUAAACUCUACUCUGGACUCCGACACAUUAGUUCAACUCUCUCGACUUAUGUCACAACUCUCACUAGCGAUCCCUUGUCUCCCUCUAUCUCUUACUGUCGACCAACACACUGUCCUUUUAUAUCUCAACAAAACACUCAGCAUAAACUAACCUUCCACACCACGAACCAACUUCACGCUCUGACCUCACGAUCAACAACUCACCCUACCAAACAUUCACAACAAUCUAGUUCACAACAACUCCGCACAUGAUCCGCUUGAGCAACCUGGAAAUCUCAGGGAAGGUGGAGGACAAUUCUCUCAUAAAUUGUUCAAGCUUGUCUGUUUUCCAUUUACCUUCCUGAACUUAGCCUUGAGUUUAGAAUUGCACUGAAGAUCAAUCAGCUCCAUUUGAAGUGCAGCUUCCAGUUGAAGGAGAAAGGGUCAGCAAGUUUUUUUAAAGAGGCUCUGUGUUUUGAAGUCUGAAAACCUGUAAUCGAAUUCUUCCUGCAAUUUCCUACUGUGUAAGUUACUGUAAGCCUACAGUGUUAACACAACCAUUGGCAUCUGUUAUAGAUGCCUACAGUGUCAACACAACCAUUGACAUUUGACAUCUGUUAUGGAUGCCUACAGUGUCAACACAACCAUUGACAUUUGGCAUCUGCUAUGAAUGCCUACAGUGUCAAAAGAACCAUUGACAUUUGGCAUCUGUUAUGGAUGCCUACUGUGUCAACACAACCAUUGACAUUUGGCAUCUGUUAUGGAUGCCUACAGUGUCAACUCAACCAUUGUCAUUUCAAUCAAUUUGGCUUUUGUGAUGUAUGCCUAGAGUGUCAACACAAGCAAUUAUUCCUUUUAUUGUUUUAAUGCAGAGAAAUACACAGAUAUUGAGAUUGAAAUUCACAGAUAUUAUUUACAAUCUCAAUAUCUGUGAAUUUCAAUCUAAACAGGUAUUGAGAUAGCAAUUCAAAGAUAUUGAGAUAAAAUUCAGAUAUUGGGAUAGAAAUUAAACAGACAUCUUUACAAGAAAUUUUAAAUUGUGGGUCCGAAAAAGACCUUGAUGAUCUUUAUUAUUUCUUUGAAUUAUCUUAUUUAAAAAAAGCUAAAAUUCAUGUUAAUAUUGAAGUUGUACAAAUGUGGCACAUAAAAGAUAAUGUUGGUGCCUGUCAACUACUGAUCUUCCAGUAUAAAUAAUUGUGGAUAUAUUUGAAUGUUCUUUUCCUGCAAUUCAAACUGCUCUAUGUCCUGUUACAAAUUAAGAUUUAUAUUAUGAUUGUAAUGACUGUUUUUUCUGUUGUUUUUUGUGUCUAAAUAUAACAUGGCAGAAGUACCAUAUGGUGUUGUAAUAUAAUGUAGAAGUAGUACUGUGUAGUAAUGUAACAGGGCAGAAGUACUAUC